AUGAAUAAGGAUAUAAAGAGACAACUUAUAACUAAACGAAAAAACAUUCAAAGUAAAUUGAGACAACUAAAGCAAGGACAAAUAAUCCAAGAAGAUUUAUUUAAUCCAAUUACAAAACACUUAAAAAAUAUUGAGACCAAGUUGAAUAAGAAUUCAGGUUCUGAAAAUGAAACAACCAAAUAUGAACCUUUAAGGUACAUUAAAAAUGAUGAUGAUGAUGACAUCAAAGAAGACAACAUUGAAGUAGAUGAUGAAGUUAUGGAAACAGAAGACAACAUUAAAGUGGAUGAUGAAAUUGAUGAAACAGAAGAAGACAACGAAGUAGAUGAUGAUGAUGAUGAUGAUGAUGAUGAUGAUGAUGAUGAAAUUGAUGAAACAAGUGAUAUCAAAAACUCUAUAUUAGAAAACAUUGAAGUGGAUGAUAUAAAAGAACAGAUUAAAAAUGAUAAAACCUCUGAAACUGGGUUUGAAGCUAACCAGAAACGUACACUUUUUUUGGAUCAGUAUGAUCCAUUACCUAGGAAAUAUAUUACAGAGAUGCAAGCUGAUUUUUUAAAUAAAGAAUUUGAUCAUAAAUAUGGAGUUAGAUUUGAUAAAAGAUCUGAAAAGCUUCUGAUUGGGAAUUCUGAAAUCAAUAUAGAUGGUGUUGAUGUUCUUUUAAAAAACAAAAGAUAUAAAGGUACGUCUGGAUUAUAUGAGCUUUUGUUUAAGAAACACCCAGCUAAUUUUACAGAUCAAGACGUAAAUAACUAUACAAAAAUAGUUGUAGCUACGAAUGCUCACAGAAGGCAUUAUUUAUCAAGUAAACAGAUAGAUGGAAGUAAAUUAAAAAAAUAUAAAAAAAUAAUUGCACCAAUAACAGAAGGUAAAGGACUGCUUAUGGAAGUAAACAACAAUAAAAUAGAUUACGUCCACUGGGAUGAUCCAAACGAACUUGUAGCUAGAUUGAGGUUAUUACUAUCAUCACAGUUAGCUGGGCAUACAGGACAUACAAACGAAAUAAUUUCAAUUAUUGAAGAACUAAAAGAGGCAAACAUUAUAGGAUAA